GGUCACCGCCGUCCCAGCUAAACCCCUCAAUUAAACCCUAAAAUCCCCCCACCGCCGCCGCCGCCGCCGCGCCGCCUCCAGCUCCGGCAUGGAUCCGGAGCCGCCCGCGCAGGACCCGCCCCCCAGCGCCGCCUCCAGCUCCGGCACCGGCACCGGCGCCGGCGGCGGAGAGAAGGGCGGUCCGUGCGAGGAGUGCGGGGAGCAGCCGUGGAAGUACCGGUGCCCGGGCUGCUCCCGCCUCACCUGCAGCCUCCCCUGCGUCCAGGCCCACAAGCGCCGCACCGCCUGCUCCGGCAAGCGCCCCCGCACCGCCCCCGUGCCCCUCGCCCACUUCGACGACAACCAGCUCCUCUCCGAUUACAACCUGCUGGAGGAGACGAACCAGGCCCGGGAGGCGGCCCACAGGCUGGUCGUCGGCUACGGCCGCAACUACGGGGGAGGCGACGGGGCCACGCUGCCGUCCUGGCUCUUCUUCCUCCGCAAGGCCGCGCACCGCCGGGGCGUGCGCCUCUUCUUCCUCCCCAGGGGCAUGGCCAGGCGGGAGCAGAACCGGUCGCGCCACUUCCACAGAAAGGACAUCAUCUACUGGACACUCGAGUGGAGGUUUAAUUCAGCAGAUAUUAUCCUAACGGACCACCAGAUAGAUGAGCAUGCAAGCUUGCUAUCUUUAUUGGAAAAACAUCUCAGCCCUACGCCUUUGAAGGACCAGCUUACACCAUAUCGCAAUACUGAAUUGCGUGAUCUGAAACUGUUCAUUCAAAAGUCUGCCAAGGAUUCAAAGUCACCAUACCGACAGCUCAACAUAGAAGAGCCCUUGCACGCCCAACUGAGGGGCAUCCUUAUUGUUGAAUACCCGACUAUUAAUGUCUUUCUGCCAUCAGAUACUUGUGAGUUUGAAGUAGAGAAGUUUGUAAACAAGAUCAGAAAUGAACAGCCCCCUGGCAGCUCAAAUGAUAGCCCUCCCAUAGAAGGCACCGAGUUUCAGGAGGAAGAAAUAGAGGAAGGUGAAAUGGUACCAGAGACACAGGUUAUAGAUCUCAAGGAUUGUGGACCUUCACGCACCACUAAUCUUUCUCCACUGGCGGUUACGAGUGGAUCUAAGGUAGAUAGCAACAAGAGCGAUUCUUCGGUGCUGUCAUAUAUCCGCAGUCUGGGAUUGGAUGGUCUGCAGGGAAAACUUAACCAACAUAGCAAAAUUGAACCGAAGACGCCUUCUGGGACUACCGAGCCUAAAUCUUGCAUGAAAGUCUAUCCGCUGGACUCGGAGGAAAGUGUUGAAGGUUUGAGCGAGAGGCAGGCUAUUGACCUUGAGGAGCAUGCAUCUUCACAUCCUUUCAACAGGAGUCCAGCCAAACUUACGACUAUCCCUAACACAGAAUGCAAGACAGAUUCUUCAGUCCUGUGUCCCAUCAGUAUUCUAGCAUCUGAUGGCUUUAGUCGUCCCCAGGAAGAAUAUUAUGAACAAAACAAGCUGACAACAAAUACAACUCCUGAAGCUCUAAAAAGGAGAUCCCGCGUGAAAGUUUAUCCACUGGACAUGGACACCGAGGACACCCAGGGGCUGUUCUCGGAGGCGCCCAGCCAGGAGUUUGAACUGGAUGUGCAAGAUGCUUAUGAAGAAGACCUGUUUGGGGACAUGAAUCCCGAUGAUUUUCUCAACUUUGAUCUCGAGAUAAUGGAUGAAGGGUCCUUCGAAAUAAGGUCCCCGUUCAAACUCUGGGACGACUUGGAGGAAGGGGAGAUCCCUUCGCAACUGUGAGGAAUCUGGCACUUGUUUGGAAUCAAUGCGAUACCUUGGAAUUUGUUCCAGCCUUGCAAUGAUUCUGCCAGCUUCCAAGUAAACAUUUCCCUUCAGAAACAUGCAGUUGCUUUGCCAGCAGUAUUUCUGGAGGUUCUAGCGCAACUUCAGAGCUUUACGGUUUCAAUUUUUCUUUUUUCUUCCUAUUCUGGGAGCAGCAUGGAGGUGUCCUUGAAGUUCGAUUCUUUGCUCCUCGCUGCAGAAAUUCUGGGGUUGUGAACUCUGCCAGGCGUGUCUAGUGGUUGCUACGAAGCAGUCGUCAGAGUUGUAUGUAACAUGUCAUCUUGCAGAAGUUGUGAUCUAUGAAAGCAUCAAUCUUUUGCUGAUGACGCAUAUCAUUUUUGUCCUGAUCUAUGAGCACAUCAAUUUUUUUUA